AUGGAUAAUCCAGUUUUUUUGGAUGAAGAAAUUCCUUUUGUCGAAUCAGGUGUUUAUGAAAUAGAUGAGGCCACCGGCGGCGGGAGUGGAACAACAACAACACUUGGACAUGGAAACAUUAUCUCACUCAAUCAUCAAACACAUCACUUCGAAGAUGAUCCCAUGUGGUCAACGGGUACACCUAUCAAACGUGGCCGGCGACCAAAAUCCCAAACUGUUGUUAUAACAACAUCUUCCCCAUCGAUACAAAAACCUGAGCCGAAACGACGUGGACGAAAGCCAAAACAAGAAACUCUAUUAUCAACGAAUAAUAACAAUAAUAAUAAUGAUUUGAAUGAUAUUCUUUCGGAAUCUACAGAGGAUAUCAAUCCUAGACAGCAACGUCGUUCAGCAGGUGCGAAAUCAAAUAAAAAGAUGAAAACUGACGAUCAGCAACAACUUUCAGAAGAGAUAGGUUCACGUUCAAAACGUUCGAUAAAACCCUCGUCACAGCAAAAUUCCCAAAUGCUCACUUCUAAUUCGACUUUGAGCCAACUUCCAAUCACGAGCAAUAAUUCAGCCAAAAUGAAUAUUAACGCAUCUGGCAGUAUCGUCAUUUUGGGUAAUACAAAUCGAGAUAGUAAAUCAAUAAUAACUAAUACUACCACGGCGUCCUAUGAUCAAGCAGCUAUAUUACAAGCACUUUGUCAGGCAGGUGUCAAUCCGUUACAUCACGAUCCGACAGGAGAUGAUUCUGAUUCCGAUUCCGAUGAUGAAAGUGGAUCCGACGAUGAAUCGAUGGUCAAUGACAGUGGAAAUCAUCGCUUAUCAGAUAUGGAUGAACUGAUCAAUGCUGCGACGGCUGCAUCUUCGUCAUCAUCAGCGCGAAAUCGACAACGAGCGAAGCCCACUAAUCGAAAGAAAUCGGCAACUACACGUCGUCCGACUGCAGCUACGAACAAUAAUAGCAAUAGCAAAAAGAAACAAGCUAGUCUUGACAAGAGUGUCUCAGAUGAUGAUGACGACGAUGAUGACGAUGACGAUGAUGAAGAUGAAGAUGACGAUGAUUCAUCAGAUAAUGAUGAUCUCGAUGAGCUCGGAGUUGGAAAUGAUACGAAUAAUAAUCUAAACAGUAUCGUCGAUUCCUUAGAUGGUGAUCCAUCGUUAAUUGUUCCACCAGACUUUUCGAAUCCUGAUUAUGUACAAAAUCUUGUCAAACCACAUCGUAAACGACGUACACACUUACCAACUGAUGAUCAACCGAAAACGAUUCGUUGUCCACAAUCCGGUUGUACAAAAAUGUUUCGUGAUACCGCUUCAAUGAAUAAACAUUUACAUACACAUGGACCACGUGUACACGUAUGUCACGAAUGUCAGAAAUCCUUUGUUGAAAGUUCAAAACUACGUCGCCACCAAUUGGUACAUACGGGUGAAAAAGCUUUCCAAUGUCCGUUCGAAGGAUGUGGAAAGCGGUUUUCCUUGGACUUUAACCUACGGACUCAUGUUCGAAUACAUACAGGUGACAAGCCGUAUGUUUGCCCAUUUGAUGGUUGCAGUCGACGUUUUGCUCAAUCAACAAAUCUCAAACAACACCUUUUAACACAUGCCAAAAUUCGUUCUCAUCAACCAUUUGCAAUUCCAGCUGUGGCAGUUACGAUCACCGAAAUUCAACCACAAUACUAA